AUUAUAAUAUUAUUACAGUAGAGUCUGUAAUACAGCAGAACCUUGGAUAAGCGAAUAUCUUGUAUAAUAAGGAGAGAUUAAGGAAAAGCUUAUUAAAUGUCAAAUUACAUGAUUUUACAAAUUAAGCACCAAAACAUCAUGUUUUACAACACAUUGACAGUAAAAGCAGUUCAAUACACAGUAAAGUUAUGUAGUAAUUACUGUAUUUAUGAAUUGACUCCAAAAACUUUGGCUACUAACAAACUGACUACAAAUAAAAGUAGAAUUGCAUAAAAUGAAUUUACAGUAACAACUUUGUUGGAAAUUAAAUCCAUAAAGAGUUCAGUCCUUGCUGCCAAGAGAAACAGCUGUGGAUCCAGGCGGGUGGCAGACUGUGUCGGAUAAUCCAGAGUGUUGGAUAAGUGAGACUCUACUGUACAUAACAAAUAACUAGUAGAGGCUUGAAAAAGGUUGCUAUUUUUAAUGGGGUACCUGGAUCUCAGAAUCCUUUCUUCCCCCAAAUAGGCCCUACUUGAAGGACAGGACCAAUGGGCAGGCCUUGGCUCCCUCCAGACCGGACUCGGUGGCCAGGACGAAGCACAGGGAAGCCGCCCCAAGCAAACCCAAGGUGGCCCCCGUCAAGAAAGCGGUGCCCGGAGCGCCCCACCACCCUGCGACAAAGGAGCCCCCAGCGGCUGGGUCCCGCUUUCCCCGGGAGCCCCCCUCCCAAACCCACCCUGAGAAGCCACUCAGGAAUGACCACAACAAAGGAAAACAGAAGGCAGAGGAUGGGAAAGAGAAUGCCGUUGUUGGAGUGACCGCAGUCCGACCGACUCAAAAGAGGGCUGUUUCCAGACCGGCGUUUGGAAGCCAUGCAUCCAAGCAAUCUGUACAUUUGGGGAGUAAGGGGACAUUCUCCCUGAACUCAGCAAAUCCUAAAAAGAAGCACCAAACUCCCCCGCCAGGCAAGAAGCCCUCCGCCCAUCCAAGGAGCCAUUCGGCUGCACCCAAAAGCGGAGCCGAGAGGAAGCAAGGCAACUUCAGGCAACAGCCGAGGACCCCCAAUGCAAAGCCUAGACCCCGGACCUCUGCCGUCCACACAGCUCCUGCCUCUGGGGGGCUCCGAAAUGGCAGGAGAGAGCCCCCCAAACCCAAGCACCCGGAUGUGGGCCCAGGCCAAGAGCUCAAGACCCCUUCUGCUCCCGACCGGAGGCAACUGCUGGAGGACUGGGUGGCGUCCCGAGGAAGGACCUACAAGAGGCCCCCCAUGCGCCCCGCUGCCCCGAAGCCUCCGAAGGCAAAGUCCAGCCUGAACCUUGCCUUCUGGGGCUCCUUGGAGGAGGAGGAGGAGAAAGAGGAAGCGGAGAAGGAGGAGCAGCACCUGGCCAACGAGAUCACACACACCUUGGCAGAGUGCCGGAAGCUGGCCGAAGAGGGCCUUCCUGAAGAGCAGAUCCUCGCAGCGCUGACCCGCAUCCCGCAAGUGGAGAGGUUUGCCCAGUUCUGGGUCUGCAAAGCCACGCUAGAGGCGCAGAGGGGCUCCUUGGACGUGGCAGGGCUCUACGAAGCCGCCCUCUCCGCUGGGGCCACGCCGCUGCAGGAGCUGCGAGAUGCUGUCACGGGUAUUUUGAAGAAUGUCAAGGCACCGUCCAGGGGUGAGCGUGCCAUGGGAUCCCUUUGCACGAGAGACCCGGAGCCUGUGAGCCCUUCUGGAGUGUGUUUCCCUUCGACCCCUGCAGCCAGCCCUGUUCCAGAGGAAGAUGUGGACCCUCCCCAGACUCCUCAGCAAAGCCCACCGUGGGCUAAGCCCUGCUCGGCCAUCAAGCUCCAGAUCCUUUCCCUGCCCAGGUCCAGCAAGCGAAGCCCUUGGCCAGAGGUGAGACUCCUGACCCCCGUGCGACGGUCCCUGCGCAUUGAAGGCGCCACCGCUUCCUACCCACAGAUGCUGAGGGACCACGACCCUGUCGUCUCCUCCCUGGAGGAAAUCGUGGCCGCAGACCACGGGAGCCAAUUCCUCUUCCGCAGCAACACAGCUCUGCCCAGAGCGGUGAGAGUGGCCGACUUUGUGACUGGACGGGCCACCUGUGGGCACAAUGCCACCCCGGCCACGACGAAAGCAUCAUUGCCACGUUGAGGAGUGUUCACACCACCUCCUUUCCUCCCAGCCUCCUUCUUUCUCUUUCUUUGUAAACAAGACUGGACCCACAGCAUUGUUCUCUGAAGCCCUUUUGGAAACAUGUCCGUCUUUAUUCUUCAAUCCAUCAAUCAGUGUGGCCAGAAUCCCUGGGUUGCUGUGAGUUUUCCGUGCUGUCUGGCCAUGUUCCAGAAGCAUUGUCUCCCGACGUAUCGCCCACAUCAGCAACCCAAUCAAUCAGCCUUUAUUACAAGGAGGAAAAGUGCACAGCAGAUUCCUAAACUGAUGAGGCCCACUUAAGAACAGGAUGAGUUCAAUGCUAAAUGCAUACAAACAAGGAAAAAACACUGCAAAUCUAUACAAGGCAAGUUUCAGCCUGGGUCUAAUACAGGAAGUUGUCUUAUCCCGGCUACUUCAGAGAGAAACUUUGCAACAACCAGGGCCACAUGGUGGAAACUAUCACUAGUACAAACCUCACAUGAAAUUGGGCUGAUCAAAUCAGGGGGUAUUAUAAAAUUGUGGUGUUACGUUGGCCGUUUACUGCUACAUUUUGUUUCUGCACUUUGUGUAUUUUGCAUGUUGUAUCUUGAGUGCUCUGUGAGCCGCCCUGAAUCCCUCUGGGAGAUGGUGGCAAGGUACAAAUAAAAUAUUAUUAUUAUUA